CAUCCUGGCAACUCUUCCGGGCCGACCGGAGAUGUCGAACGACGGUCGUGGACAAGACCGUCAAAGGAUUCGUACCUGUCCAUUGUUGCCAUCAUUUACUGGAGGGCUGGAAUCAUUCCAUCGCUAUCGUGGAUAAAGUCAAGAGAUAUAUCCGGAGUACUUUGGAACGCUGGGCCCUAUCCCUUGGAUCAGCCUUCCAUUCUCACGUGCCUUACCGGAGUGUGCAAGUCCCCCCCGUGUGCGAGAAAAAGAGAUAAGGGAUUAUAAAGUAUUUCGGACGAUCCAAUACAUCACCAUGGCCUCCCUCUUCCGCCUGGUUAGGCCACUGUGCCCGCACACGCUGAGACCUCUCCGACCAUCUCUCGCCCCACGCUUCUUCUCCCCCAGCACGACCAAAGCCUUUGGCCUCGCCCAUGGACCCUCCAGAUUCCUCAAUCGCCAGCCCAGCGCCAUCCUUCGCCGUCUGUAUGCCCGCAACCACAACCAGGGCUGGGGUCCAUCCUCUCCGCCCCCUCCACCACCAUCCGGCAACCCAUACGAAAAUGCCCAAGCCAACAUGCGCAUCAUCUACCUCUUCGCCGCCAUCAACACCGCCGUCUGGGCCUACGCCGCUUACUGCAAAAUCUGCGCCCAGCAAGGCAACCCCCAGCCGUGGAUGCAAUUGGCCCCACGCGUGCUGCUCAACCUACGCAAUGUCCUUUCCGGCCACUACGAGACCAUCAUCACCAGCGCAUUCGCCCACCUGGAUCCCAUCCAUCUUCUUGCUAACAUGACAUCUUUUUACUUCAUCGGUCGCCUCGUCGCGGAAAACGCCGGCAUCAUGCCCAGGCACUUCGUCACGCUGCUCCUCGGCUCCGCCAUCAGCGGCUCCCUAGGCUACCUGCUUGUCCGUUACCAGCAUGUGCGGCGCACGGGGCAAGCAGAUACCCAGUCGGGAUUGGGCUUCAGCGGAGCUGUCAUGGGUCUUGGGCUCGCGGCCUCGAUGAUGUUUCCCAGGACGGUGUUUCACGUCUACGGGAUCAUUCCGGUGCCGUUGUGGGUGCUGAUGGGUGGCUAUCUCAUCUAUGAUGGAUAUUAUCUCUCGUCGGAAAAGAAGACGGGCGUGGCGCAUGCGGGCCAUCUUGGGGGUGCAGCUUUUGGCGCCUUGUAUUACCUGCUUGUGUUGCGGAGGCCGUUUUUGAGGUUGAGGCUUUGAGGUACAGAAGGGGACGGAGGAUGGGCGGAUAAAUAUAAAAGAGGGAGAGUGGGUAGAAGAUAGAUGCGAGCUACGUCCAAGCCCUGCUAUUUAGUGGGCAUUGUAAGAUAUUCGACAGUCGUUGCAUUUAAACUGAGAAUAAUUCAUGCAUAGCC